AUGGAGUUGUCAGUGAUCCUGCUCAGCUUUACAGCCAUGAUGUUCAGUAUGGAGGUGGCUGCAGACUGUGGAGUACCUCCUCUAAAUACACGUGUAGUGGGCGGCACUGAUGCCCCUGCGGGUAACUGGCCCUGGCAGGUCAGUGUCCAUUACAACAGCAGACACAUCUGUGGAGGAACCCUGAUCCACAGCCAGUGGGUGAUGACGGCUGCUCACUGCAUCAUCUCUACUAACCUCAACAGCUGGACACUGUACCUGGGAAGACAAACCCAGAUCACGUCUGCUGCCAACCCAAAUGAAGUAAGAGUUGGUAUUCAGUCCAUCACCAUCCAUCCAAAGUACAACAACCCACUGUUCAAUAAUGACAUCUCCCUGAUGAAACUGAGCCAGCCUGUAACCUUCACUCCAUACAUUCGUCCGGUCUGCCUGGCAUCCAAAGGGAGUGUCUUUCACAACGCCACAUUCUGCUGGGCUACAGGCUGGGGAAACAUCGGCAAAAACCAACCGUUGCCGGCUCCGCAGGCUCUUCAGGAGGUGGAGGUCCCGGUUGUGGGCAGCUCACAGUGCAGCUGCCAGUAUAAGCCAGUAGGUGAUGCUACAAUCACAGCACAGAUGAUCUGUGCAGGGAGAGCAGACAAAGGAAUCUGUCAGGGAGAUUCUGGAGGUCCGUUACUGUGCAAACAGGGUUCUGUGUGGGUCCAGGCUGGAAUCACCAGCUUUGGGACGAGCCUGGGCUGUGCCAAAGAAGGUUUCCCAGAGGUGGUUUCACGUGUCUCUGAGUUCCACACGUGGGUCACGGAGAACGUGGAAGGAGCCGCCAUUGGCUUCGUGACCUUUUCGUCCAACGGCACAGACAGCAGCUUCACAUGCUCUGCCACACUUCAGCUCUCACACUACUCUAAUUUUAUCAUUCUCUUCAUGAUGCUCAUCUCACACUUACAGUCACUUUAA